GGCUGCACCUUCGAGGAGGACGGCGACCCGAACCAGUGCGAGUACAGCCAGGGUGAGGACGAUGACUUCGGGUGGGAGCUCGUCCGCAGCUAUAUGAUGCCACACCUGACGGCCGACCUGCCUCACGGCUCCUACCUGAUGGUGAACUCCUCGCAGCACGCCCCGGGCCAGAAAGCUCACCUGCUCUUCCAGGCGCUGAGCGAGAAUGACACCCACUGCCUCCAGUUCAGCUACUUCAUGUACAGCCGGGACGGCCACAGCCCCGGCACCCUCAGUGCCUAUGUCCGGGUGAUGGGGGGCCCGGUGGGCAGCGCUGUCUGGAACGCCUCCGGCUCCCAUGGCCACCAGUGGCACCAGGCGGAGUUGGCUGUCAGCUUGUUCUGGCCCAGCGAGUACCAGGUCCUCUUCGAGGCGGUGGUCUCCAGCGAGCGCAGGGGCUAUCUUGGCUUGGAUGAUAUUUUGCUCUUGAAUUAUCCAUGCUCGAAAGCGCCUCAUUUCUCCCGCCUGGGCGACGUGGAGGUCAACGCGGGGCAGAACGCCACCUUCCAGUGCGUGGCCGCCGGCAAGGCUGCUGAGGCCGAGCGGUUCCUCAUGCAGAGGCAGAGCGGCGAGGUGGUCCCUGCCGCCUCCGUGAAGCACAUCAGCCACCGGCGCUUCCUGGCCACCUUCCAGCUGGACGAGGUGUCCAAGGAGGAGCAGGACCUGUACCGCUGCGUCACCCAGUCCAGCCGUGGCUCGGGCGUCUCCAACUUCGCCGAGCUCAUUGUGAAAGAGCCCCCCACGCCCAUUGCACCCCCCCAGCUGCUCCGGGCCGGCUCCACCUACCUCAUCAUCCAGCUCAACACCAACUCCAUCAUCGGGGACGGCCCCAUUGUGCGCAAGGAGAUCGAGUACCGCAUGACCUCGGGGCCCUGGUCAGAGGUCCACGCUGUCAACAUGCAGACCUACAAGCUCUGGCACCUGGAUCCGGACACGGAGUACGAGAUCAGUGUCCUGCUCACCCGACCCGGCGAGGGGGGCACCGGCAAACCGGGGCCGCCCCUCAUCAGCCGCACCAAGUGUGCAGAGCCCAUGCGGGCCCCCAAAGGCCUGGCUUUCUCCGAAAUCCAGUCCAGGCAGCUGACAUUGCAGUGGGAGCCGCUGGGCUACAACCUGACCCGCUGUCACACCUACACCGUCUCGCUCUGCUACCGCUAUUUCGUGGGCACCGGCCACAACCAAACCUUCCGGGAGUGUGUGAAGAUGGAGCGUAACGCCAACCGCUACACCAUCAAAAACCUGCUGCCCUACAAGAACAUCCACGUCAAGCUCAUCCUCUCUAACCCCGAGGGUCGCAAGGAGGGCAAGGAGGUGAUAUUCCAGACAGAUGAGGACGUGCCCGGUGGCAUCUCCUCGGAGUCCCUCACCUUCACCCCGCUGGAGGACAUGAUAUUUCUGAAGUGGGAGGAACCGGUGGAGCCCAACGGCCUCAUCACACAGUACGAGAUCAGCUACCAGAGCAUUGAGUCCUCCGACCCGGCGGUCAAUGUGCCUGGCCCGCGACGCACUGUCUCCAAACUACACAAUGAGACCUACCACGUCUUCUCCAACCUCCACCCCGGCACAACCUACCUCUUCUCGGUCCGGGCCCGCACCGGCAAGGGCUUUGGCCAGACGGCGCUCACCGAGAUCACCACCAACAUCUCUGCUCCCACCUUUGACUACGGGGACAUGCCGUCGCCGCUGAGCGAGUCAGAGAGCACCAUCACGGUGCUGCUGCGGCCGGCGCAGGGCAGAGGGGCUCCCAUCAGCACCUACCAGGUCAUCGUAGAAGAAGACCGGCCCAAGAAGCUCAAGCGGGAGUUGGGUGGGCAGGAGUGCUUCCCGGUGCCGCUCACCUUCGAUGACGCCAUGUCCCGUGGCUCUGUACACUACUUUGGGGCCGAGCUGCCUGCCAGCAGCCUCACCGAAGCCAAACCCUUCACCGUGGGGGACAACCAGACCUACAGCGGCUACUGGAACCCACCGCUGGAGCCCAAGAAGGCGUAUCUCAUCUACUUCCAAGCCAUGAGCAACCUCAAAGGGGAAACCCGUCUGAACUGUGUCCGGAUCGCCCGCAAAGCUGCCUGCAAAGAGAGCAAGCGUCCCCUGGAGGUGUCGCAGCACUCGGAGGAGAUGGGCCUGAUCCUGGGGAUCUGUGCUGGGGGGCUCAUCGUCCUGAUUAUCCUCCUGGGAGCCAUCAUCGUCAUCAUUCGGAAAGGAAAACCCGUCAACAUGACCAAAGCGACCAUUAACUACCGCCACGAGAAGACACACAUGAUGAGUGCCAUCGACAGGAGCUUCACCGACCAGAGCACGCUGCAGGAGGACGAGCGCCUGGGGCUCUCCUUCAUGGACACCCACAACUAUGGCAACCGAGGCGACCAGCGCAGCAGCGUGGUCAAUGAGUCCAGCAGCUUGCUGGGGGGCUCCCCCCGCCGCCAGUGCGGCCGCAAAGGGUCCCCGUAUCACACCGGGCAGCUCCAUCCUGCCGUGCGGGUGGCGGAUCUCCUCCAGCAUAUCAACCAGAUGAAGACGGCAGAAGGCUACGGCUUCAAGCAGGAGUAUGAGAGUUUUUUUGAAGGCUGGGAUGCUUCGAAGAAGAAAGACAAGACCAAAGGGAGACAGGAUCACGUGUCGACAUACGACCGUCACCGAGUGAAGCUGCACCCACUGCUGGGCGAUCCCAACUCAGACUACAUCAACGCCAACUACAUCGAUAUUCGGAUUAACCGAGAAGGCUACCACAGGUCCAACCACUUCAUAGCCACACAAGGGCCCAAGCAGGAGAUGGUGUACGACUUCUGGCGCAUGGUGUGGCAGGAGCACUGUUCCAGCAUUGUGAUGAUAACCAAGCUGGUGGAGGUGGGCCGGGUGAAAUGCUCCAAAUACUGGCCAGAUGACUCCGAGAUGUACGGGGACAUCAAGAUCACCCUGGUGAAGUCAGAGACGUUGGCCGAGUACGCCGUCCGCACCUUUGCUCUCGAGAGGCGGGGCUACUCGGCCCGGCAUGAGGUGAAGCAGUUCCACUUCACGUCAUGGCCCGAGCAUGGCGUCCCCUACCACGCCACAGGGCUGCUGGCCUUCAUCCGCAGGGUGAAGGUGUCCACGCCGCCCGACGCUGGCCCCAUCGUCAUCCAUUGCAGCGCCGGUACGGGGAGAACUGGCUGCUACAUCGUCCUGGAUGUUAUGUUGGACAUGGCUGAGUGCGAGGGCGUUGUGGACAUCUACAACUGUGUGAAGACCCUGUGCUCGCGGAGGAUCAACAUGAUCCAGACGGAGGAGCAGUAUGUCUUCAUUCACGACGCCAUCCUGGAAGCCUGCCUGUGCGGGGAGACCAGCAUCCCCGCCAGCGAGUUCAAGCCCACCUACAAGGAGAUGGUGAGGAUAGAACCGCAGAGCAACUCCUCGCAGCUGCGGGAGGAGUUCCAGACCCUGAACUCGGUGACUCCCCACCUGGAUGUGGAGGAGUGCAGCAUCGCCCUCCUGCCCCGCAACCGGGAGAGGAACCGCAGCAUGGACGUCCUGCCGCCCGACCGAUGCCUUCCCUUCCUCAUCUCCGUGGACGGAGACAGCAACAACUACAUCAACGCGGCCUUAACUGAUAGCUACACCAAGAGCGCUGCCUUCAUCGUCACCCUGCACCCGCUGCAGAACACCACCACCGACUUCUGGCGGUUGGUGUAUGACUACGGCUGCACCUCCAUUGUCAUGCUCAACCAGCUCAACCAGUCCAACUCUGCCUGGCCCUGUUUGCAAUACUGGCCUGAGCCGGGGCUCCAGCAGUACGGCCCGAUGGAGGUGGAGUACGUUUCCGGAGCGGUGGAUGAGGACAUCGUGUCCCGUCUCUUCCGAGUCCAAAACAUCACACGGUUGCAGGAGGGGCACCUGAUGGUCCGGCAUUUCCAGUACCUGCGGUGGUCAGCGUACCGAGACACCCCAGACUCCAAGAAGUCCUUCCUGCACCUCCUGGCCCAAGUGGAGAGGUGGCAGAAGGAAAGCGGCGAUGGCAGGACUGUGGUGCACUGCCUGAACGGAGGUGGCCGGAGCGGCACCUUCUGUGCCUCCACCAUGAUCCUGGAGAUGAUCAAGUGUCACAACAUGGCAGAUGUUUUCUAUGCUGCAAAGACCCUCCGCAACUACAAGCCAAAUAUGGUAGAGACCUUGGAGCAGUAUCAUUUCUGCUACGACAUAGCACUGGAAUAUCUGGAGUCCCUGGAGACCAGAUAGCACCUCGCCAGGAGAGCGGCGGCAAGGGCUUGCGCAGGGGUCGUGCCAACCGUGCGUUUCGCACUCGGAUGUUGCGUUAGUGCUCAAGGUGAGGAGGGGAAACAGCAAAGGACCCGAUGACAAAACCCAUCAGAUCAAGAAAAACGAAAGGACGUGGGGACGUGUCGGCCGCUCCCCAUCUUCAUCCUCCGCUCUCCAUCCUUUCUUCCCGCCCGGAGCGCGUCCGAGUGGCCGCGGGUCGGAUGCCACGACUCGUCCAGUCCCGGCAUCUCUUCGAGUCACGGUGGUGGGGUCGGUGUGCGCAGGAUGCGGCCCCGCGGCGCUGCCUGGGCAUCUCUAAAGCAGCUGGAGAGGAGGCCGGGGAGGGGAGGAGGUGGACAGAAGGAGCCGAGGCCGUUUCCCAGCAGGGAAGGAUGGAUAUUUGGAGAAGAGACGUUGCUUUUUUGAUUGUGCGUGGAGUCGAAGCUGCUCUUCCGAGAAGCCCAGAUGGCUGCCGGCAGGUUUUGCCCUUGGUGGGGACACGCUCUGAGCCGGAGCAAAGACCCUGAGAGGAGCUCUUGAGUUUCUGCCCGUUCGCACUAUGAGUUUGAUCUUCACUUUUUUUUAGUUCUGUGAGUUAUAUCCCUUUGUGUAUCCGGCCCUGGACAGAGCGGGGACGUGGGACGGUGGUGGGGCGUGGUGGGCACUGGGCACGCGAUGUCCCUCUGCAGGGACCGACCCGGACCCCUCCUGGCGCCUUUGCAAAGCUUUUCAAGUGAUGGUUCCCCUGCAUCUCCGCCCCGUCUUUUCCAUCUGUAGCAAUUAAUUCCUCCUGGGCUGACCCAAAGGCACCAGCCCACAGGUCCGUUUUUAACCCUUCCCUUCUGAAUCGCUGCACAUGAGACACCUUUGGUGCCCAGAAACAAAAUCCUCAAAAUUCAGGUCCAUCCCAUAUGCCUCCUGGAUGCCUCCCCCAGGCAGUUGCCCAUCGAUGCUGCUUGGCUUUUGCUGGGGUUGGCGACGCGGGACAGUUGGUUUUGGUGAUGGCGUUGGCAUGGGGUGAGCUGUGCUGAAGCCCUGAGCCGUGGUAGUGCUUCGGGGCUGGGCAUGGGGAGGUCCCCACGCCCCUGGUGGCACUUGGGGACAAGUGUAUGGGGACGGUGAUUGAAGGUGUCUGAUACGUUUUGGCUUCAUCCUGCUAUCGUUGGGUGUGAGAUGUCACUUUUUCUGUCUGAUAUUGCGAUAAUUACAGGGGUUUCUGCUUACGGGGGAGAGCCUGGUUGUAAUCAAGCUGCAGUCAGGGUUUUCUCUCCCUGCAAAUGGCCUCGAGGAGGUGCAACCAGAGGGAUGCAGGUCUGGGGUCUGCCUCGCAGACUCGAGGAACUGAGGGAAAGUUGCUUCUGUCUUGAGGGCCAGGCAGAACCCUUCACAGUCAUUUUUUUGGGGCAUGAAGCAGAACAGAUGAGAAACUGUUCUCCAUACGCUGGAGGUUGCACGUGGGCAACCCCAUCCUUCAUCCCCUCCCAUCCUUCAUCCCCGUCUUCCCAGGGCACGGGAAGCUUCCCCGCCCUGCCUGCCCGGAGGCCGGGGAUCCCUCUCCCCAGGGAGUUGCAUUCAGAUCCAUGCCACGACUCAAAGCUUUGGAAGACGCCGUUUGGCCGGACCGAUCUGGCAGCACGAAGGCCGCAGAGCCGAAAUGGCUGCGCCCUGGAUGAGCAAACCCGGGAGAUAUUUCCAUCCACCUUCUGAGGGUGGAGGAGAGCAACAAGAUAAAUCUCGGCCCUCUCUCCACCUUGGAGGACGUCCCACCCGCUGCCUUGCAAACAUCCUGGGCUGGUGAUGAGGAUUUCAGCAGCCUCGGAGGGUUUUGCCCAGACACUUGGCGUUCCCACGUGCUUGCCGAAUAAUUCACACAGCCUGACAGUAACUUAUUCCAAGGGCUAUACAACAUUAUUCCCCUUCUCUCUACCCCUGCUGUCUAACCCUGCCGUGUGCCCCUGCUGUUUCAUGACCAAAUAGUCUUUUUACCCCACCGGAGCCUGCAAAAUGGUCCAGUUACACCAGUACCUGGUAACACCAGUACUCGCAUCGCAAGCCUUGACUUGGAAUAAAUUAGUGUCCUUUUCCCAAUCCCCAUCUCUCUGUAGACAUGUCCACGCUGUCCCGGGAUGCCGCAGGGAAGGCGCUGGGUGCUGGGUGCAGAGAGGUCCCAGGGUGCAGAAAUUGUUUGGUUUUGUGUGAAAAUGGCUGAGCUGAACCUCUGAAAUCCCCGGGGACGGGAUGUUGGUGGCACCGUUCAGCCCCAGCGCCUGGGGGCUGGAGGGACGAUGCUGCUUCACCCCAGACCUGCCAGGAGCCUGGGCCACCUGCAUCCUCCCUCCGGUCCAGAGGGAGGGAGCGUCCCCCGGUGCUUCAAGUGUUGCCAGAAAAGGAAAAAGAAAAAAAAAAAAAAGGAAAAUUGAAACCCCAUUUAGUCCUAAUGAGACGACAGAGACUGGAGGAGUUGUACAUAUGUUUUAAAAGUGAGAUUUUUUUUUUUUUUGCUAUCUCCUUGCUGGAUGUCUCCGGGUUUUUAGGGCAUCUCUUCUGAAAGGCAGACUUUGAAAUCACAGUGCUAUAAAAACCAACCGAUCUCCAACUCCUACUGAGAUGCUCAUAUGACGUGAGGCAAGGACAUCCUGUACAUAGAAAUAUAUAUAGAAAUAUAUAUAUAAAAAUAUAAAUACUGUUCUUAAGAUGGAUAAUGUUUAUUGGUAUUACAGAUUGGAGUGGUGCUUUUUUUUUUUCUUUUUAAUAAAAACAAAACAACCAAAAAAAAGGAAAAAAUUAAAACCUGAGAAAAAUGCCAAAUUGGAACGAUUUUGUCUAUAUACAGAAAAAGUGACCCUGAAAGCUGGCAGCAUCCAAGAGCUGUUGCCAACGGGACUGCUACCACGAGGCGGCUCCACCAUGGAGGGGGACGGUGUGGUGGGACCGAGGGAGGGAUGGCGAAGGAGGGACACAUCUGAUGUGGAUUGUACCACGCACAUCCAGCUGUUGUUAACUGGUUUUUUUAAUUAUUAUUAUUAUUAUUAUUAUUUUUGGCUUUCUUUCCUUUUAAGAAAAUCAGUUGCAUAAAUAAAUGUUCCAAAUUUG